AUGUCUUUAGCUGAACCGCGAGAAGUGAUCGAUGGCGGCAAGGCAUGGCUUCGAUGUGGCAAUGGCAUGAAUCUGGGAGAAGCCCCGAUAUACCGAGCCAGCGACUCAACCCUGCACUGGGUGGAUUGCCUGUGCGAGCCCGCGGAGUUACAAAUCGUCAAGGUCGACCCCGAGACGGGCGAUGCGGUUGGUGAGACGAGGGUGAUCCAGCUGGAGGACAGCGUGACGGUGGCUUUUUUCCGCAAGAACAAGCCUGGAAGCUACAUCUGUGCGUAUUUCCAGGGCGUGGCGUUCAUGGACGAGGCGACCGGCAAACUCGAGGUGGUCAAGGAGAUCAUCCCGACCAGCGAUAGGGGGAUCAGACGGUUCAACGACGGCGGUGUCGAUGCGAAGGGGCGCUUCUGGCUAGCGGAAAUCGACCGUGUGGCUAUGGCGUAUGGACCGAACAAGUGUCCUGCGAGCCAAGGGGAGCCCAUCGGUCGGCUAUGGCGAUACGACCCUGACGGGACUCUGCAUCUCAUGGAGAAGGGAGUCAUUUGUGGGAAUGGGUUGGCUUGGAGUCCAGAUAACAAGACGAGUGAGUUUGGCUUCUGGAUGGAUGGAUGGAUGACCAGUCUUCGAGGGAAUGCUAAUGGCACGUGGAUAGUGUACUUCAACGACUCAGUCGCAAUGUUGGUGUGGGCUUAUGACUUUGACCUGGAGAGCGGGAGCAUCUCGAACAAGAGGCUGUUCAUCGAUCGGCGGUCGUCGUUCGGGGAGCCUGAUGGCAUGGUUGUCGACACCGAGGGAAACCUCUGGAUCGCCAUGUUUGCUUCAUACAGAGUCAUGGUUUUCAGUCCCAAGGGCGAGCAUUUGAAGGACAUUGUCUUCUCAGCCAACAACAUGGCUUGUACGACGUGGGGAGGAAAGAAUCUUGAUAUUCUGUAUAUCGCUACAGGCAGAGACAAGAGCCCCAAUGCGAAGCCUGAUGAUGAGGGUGGUCACAUGUUUCGGUAUAGGGCGGUGGGAGUGAAGGGGUGGCAGAAGUAUGAGUUCGACGGAUGA